AUGGGGUACUACCUUGCAGACGGUAUCUAUCCGGAAUGGGCCACCUUCGUGAAGCCUAUUCCUUGUCUAGUUGGGAGGAAGCGGCAGCACUUCGUCGUUCAGCAGGCGGCGUUACGGAAGGAUGUCGAACGGGCCUUCGGGGUCCUACAGUCUCGGUUUCCCAUAGUCCGGGGGGCUACGAGGAUAUGGGAUGAGGAAACACUUCACAACAUCAUGACCGCCUGCAUUAUCAUGCACAACAUGAUAAUCAAAGAUGAGAGACCGGAUGGGGACGUCGAACACGUGUACGACGGUGCUGGUGAUCCUGUGGAGCCAUCACACACCCCAACCCCCACACUAGAAGCAUUUGCCCAAAGGUAUGGGAUGAUAACUAGCAGGCAGGGGCAUCACCAGCUCCGUGACGAUCUUGUCGAGCAUCUCUGGCAGUUCCACGGAGUGGAGUAG